AUGCAGCUGGUCCUCUAUUACCUAGAGGCCAUUGUGAUUCUGGAGCAGGGCCAGCGACCUGGAGUUGUCGAGCACAUGACUGUCACAGAAUGGAUCAGCCGAAGGAGAGAUGACAUUCGUCCUGCUUUUGUUGCGGUAGCAGUAAAAGAGCACAAGACUGCUGCCACUCAGGUGGCCACCUUUGUUCUGAGCCAGGAACAGGAGAUGUGGUUCGACAUCUACUUCACUGAGGUGCGCCCAGUCAUGCUGGGAAGGAAGAGGAAGCGCGUUGAUGAUGAUGAUGAGUCAGAUGAGAGGUUUUUCAUCUCCUCCACUGGCAGACACAUCCACAACGCCUCCAAUGACCUGGAGCGGCUGCACAAGAAGUAUCAGGUGCCGAAGGUGACCAGCCAGAUGGUCAGACGGGCGUACGAGACAGCCACGAAGGACAUGCCCGAUGCUGACAAGGCCAAGGUGGCGGGCUACCUCACCCACUCUACGGCCACGGCAGAGAAGCACUACCGGAUGAGAGAGAUAAGCUCAGCGAUAGAUGCGUGCCUGAUCCUGAGGAGACUGCGGGGUGAUUCAGAUAGUGACCAGAGCGACCACACCCCUGCGGGUUCCGCGGCAUACUUGACCGACCAAGCUGCAUAUGACAAGUUGCUCCGGUCAUAUCCAGUGACGUUGGACGGGGUGCCACCCAAGAGGUCUAAGCGGGUAUCCCUGGCUGGGCAGAACGAACGCUACUGCUAUGACCGCUGGCGUAGCGAACAGCUCGAGCUUCGGGUGCAGCAUGUUCUUGAGCACUUUGCCCGUAGACUGCCCUCUGAGUCCAGAGUCAAGGCCUGGAUUGAGAAGCAAGGGUGGUCUUCCAACAUUCCAGAUGCUGCAUCCAUCGUCCAGCAGUGGAAGCCAUCUGGGGGCAUUGACGAUGCCAUGGACAGUGCUGAGCUGCAGAAGUUUUGCAGGACGCAGAGGUGGAAGGGACUUGCAGUGGCAGAUGUAGAGGGGAAGGGUAGGGGAGUGGUAGUUACAAGGCCUUUUGCCUUGGGGGAAGUUGUUUGUAACUACCACGGUAAAGUGGUGUCUAGACAGGAGGGCUUAGCGACCCAUGCAGCAACAGCAGAGCAAGAGAGUGGGUACAUGUUCUUUUUUAAUUCUGGACAGGUAGCCCGGUGUAUUGAUGCUCACGAGGAAGAGUGUCCGUGCCAUCCAGGAAUGUGCAGAUAUCUUCAGGAAUAAAGAUUUAACACGGGUUUGAAAAAUACCAACUUCAGCUGGAAAAUUUUUUAAUUGGAACCUGCCCAAAAUGGGCUGAUUUGGCUUUAAAAUUCUCAGCCUGUGAGCAUUCCCCAGGGAUGUAUCUUACAUAUUUGGAAAGAACUAAGCUUAAUCUUUACAACAACACUAUAUUUGUGCAGAUAUCUUCAGGAAUAAAGAUUUAACACGGGUUGGAAAAAUACCAACUUCAGCUGGAACAAUUUUUUUUUUUUGAACCUAGCCAAAAUGGGCUGAUUUGGCUUUAAAAUUCUCAGCCUGUGAGCAUUCCCCAGGGAUGUAUCUUACAUAUUUGGAAAGAACUAAUCUUAGUCUUUACAACAACACUAGAUGUGUGCAGAUAUCUUCAGGAGUAAAUAUUUUACACGGGUUUGAA